GAAUGGAUUGAGAAAAUGUCGUAUCCUGAUUUAGAAUGGCGUGCUUCAUUCCAACAGAACUUCAGUGCUCGAAAAAGCCUGUUUGAAACGAUACUGUCACCAAGGAAAUCGUUUAGAUCGUCUCUUGCAUUUAAGGGCAGCAGUGAAUCUUCGAAGCGAUGCGUGUAUCAAUUCAUUGCCGAUCUUAAGGCGACUCUCUCAGAACCGCGACAACUGGAAUUGAUUCUUUUACAAAGUGGAAUUUUCAAAGAACGGAUCACUAGGUUAGAUAAUCAACCGCAGUUAACUUCCGUCACACCGUUUCUUCCACUGGAGUGGUUUGAUGAUUUCGAGUAUGAUCCAAUGUCGCCCGAACGGUGGUUGUCGAUUGACAACAUUCAAGGAUUCGCGCUGGUUCAAAUAAUCGAUUCGGAUAAGUGGCUUUGGAAAUCCGUGACAGUAGUUGAUUAUGAUGAGAAACGUUUUUUGUGGACUGUUAUGGAGAAUGGUGAUGUAUGGGAAAUUCCACGAAUUCGAUUGUUUUUCAUUUACGAAGAUCCGACUAUUUUUUGUGAACGAAUUACAACCGCACUGGAGCGACGGAGCCUGUCAGAAAAUUACCUCAGAUAUUCAUAUCUCUUACAAUCCAUGAGCGUGGGAGAAUAUUUUGAUUUACCGGAGGGUAUGAAAAAGCGCAUUGCCACUCGGUCGAACCCAGAAGUGCUUGAGGCAUUCAAUCAAAUUUAUCGCAAAUUUCACACUGGUCUAGCUUUGAACAGAUGUUUAGAGGAAAAUAGUUGGCUGAAUUUAGAUCCAGUACAUAUGACGUCGGAUAUUGCACCUCUCAAUGCUGUUAAAGACUGUGGAAAACUGUACUGUUUCAAGGACUCGUUUGCAUUGCUUAAGCGGGUUAUCGCACUUUGCCAUCCGGAUGUUUUUCAUGCUACUCAAAUGGUUCAUUUAGAAUGCGAGACUGUGAGGAAGAUGGCACUGUUCUCGUUAACGUCACGUGAUCCGAUAACUUUAGCAGACUUCAAAGUUGCGAAUGAAACUCAAUUGAAGAAGAUUAUGCGUUAUUUGCAAAACAAUUGGAUUGAGCGGACGACUAUGCAGGUUCAUAGAUACCUCUUGACAACCGGUAGAGGUUGGUUUGACGUUUCUGUAGACAACUGGACAAUCUAUCAGUUUAUGAAACUUUACCGGUUUGUCGAACAAAUUAAGCAGAGAAUGCAAACGGCUCUGAGAGAUUUGGUUCUGGAUUCUACCGACAAUUACAUUCAUUGUAUUUGUGAUCCGUGUCGGUUAUGUCUUCCCGUAGAAGACGGCUUUAGAUGGGAAGAGAAUUUAAUUGAUUCGCCAUUUGAUUCAGGCAAGCAACCAGUGUUUUACGUGUUAUUAAAGAUGAAAGAAGAUGGACCGUGCUACUCGACUGAUCCGGAUGAAUUUGAACCGUGUCUGAUUUUGUUGUUCGAUGAAGCGAUUAGACGAUCUCAUGAUAUUCACACAAUUGAUCCAUCGUUGUUCGGUUCGCUGAUCUUUGCUACCGAUUUAUAUCUUUCGUCUGUUGGUUUGAGAGACUCCGUUAUGAUGAAAAGAAGCGAUGUUUUGGUAUUAUCCUGUCGGAAGGCCCUAAUUCCGCUCAAAGCUUAUGCAGCUCGAUUUGCUGAAUUCAAACAACUGUUCUUCACUAACGUUGCAGAACAUGUCGAAACUGUUAAAUCAUCGAAAAGCUCUUUGCAAGUGAAAGAAGAAAUUUCGUUUCAAAUUCGAAUGCGUGAAAGUCUGGAACGAACGAUCCCUCUGAGUAUUGUGAUUGGUACAUUCUGGGUCGAUGUGAAACCACUGCGGGAAGCGUUGAUCCAGAAAAGAAAAGAUAUCACCUUUGCUCUGUUGGCCAUGCUUACUGAGCGGUUGAGGGAUAAGACUUCCGAUAUCGUAAACGAUUAUAAUGAGAUUAUCGACAGAAUGUGUCAAAAACCAGCAUCAAUUGAGCACAUAUAUGACAUACGGGCGUUUAUGGAAACCAUUCCAGAGUUGCUGCAAUGUCUUGAAGAGCGGAUGAAAACUGUUGUGUUUGAAUAUGAAAUUUUGGAUUACUUCCGGUGUGCUCUGCCAGAUCCGGAUUUUUACCAAAAGUGGCAUGCUAUUGCAUUUCCACAGACAAUAGUCAAGCAGAUGAAUUUAGUUUAUGAGUUUCAUGAAGUCGAGGUUGAUACGUUUCGAAAGCAACAAGUUAGCGAUGAAGCCGGCUUCGCUGGAAGAGUUGAAGAUAUUAAUGUGAAUAUUUCGAAGUUCACGACAGUGUAUGACGUGAGUAAAGUGACAGAAGUAUCUAUUGAAGUGAAGAAACUGUGGAAAUCCAUUACCGAGCUGAUUGACUACGGAGAAACUCUCAACAAACGUCAGGAGUUGUUCGAAAUGCCACCUAUCGAUUUGUCAAAUCUCUUGGAAUUGAAGGAUAGCUUUGUAGUGUACAAGGAUUUAUGGACAUAUGCCGCGGAUUAUAUCAACGCGGAGGAGAGUUGGUGUGAGAAUCCACUUUCCAGUGUAGAAGUCGAAGUAGUUUCUAGCACGUUGAAGUAUUACAAAUCAGUUUUAGGAAGUUUGUUAGAUUCGUUCGAGGAACAACCCCAGAUUCAAGAUGUGAUUAAAACAUUCUUAACCCGGCUGGAAUCCUUCGAACCAAAUGUGGAAGCUAUCGAGCUUUUGCAGCAUCCUCUGCUGGAGCCAAUUCAUUGGGCACAGUUCGCGAAGGCUGCUGGAAUCAAAGUAAAGAUUUCACUGACGACGAGCUUCGUUCUGUUUUUAGAACAUAACAUAAGAGAUUAUAUGGAAGUUUUGAGAAAAAUCAUUGUUGAAGCAGAAGAACACAAGGAGGAAACGGAUCGUUUGAGAGCUGCAGAGGAAGAAGCUCAGCGGAUUAGGGACGAAUAUGAGAGAAACCGAGAACAGAGAAGAUUAAACAGAACAGAAAUUUGA